GUUGAGCUUCGCGCGCGCGCGCCCGCCGGCCCGCUCUUCGAUCCUGACGCGCUGCGGCCGCUCGCGACCCUCACCACCUAGGAGGAGGGGCUCGGCGGAGCGAUACGGCCGGCUGAGAAAAGGAUGCCACGGAGAAAGAAAAAAGUUAAGGAAGCCUCUGAAUCUCAGAGUUUGGCGAAGAAGGAUGCAGAAACCAGCACUUCUGUCAGUUUGAAGAGGAAGCGUAAAUUUGAGGAUGCAUUCAUUGUGAUAUCUGACAGUGACGGAGAGCAAGAGCCAGAAGAGGAGAAUGGAUUGCAGAAAACAAAGAUGAAACAGCCGAGUAGAGCAAAGUGUUUGGCUAAAAGGAAAAUUGCACGAACCAAUUUUCAUCCCCUUGGAGGUGAUAUCACCUCAUUGAAAAUGCAUGAUCCAGGUUGUCAAAUUUAUUGGCAUAAAAUUGUUCACGAGAUGACGGAAGAAGAGCAGUUUGCUUUGGCUCUCAAAAUGAGUGAGCAGGAAGCCAGGGAGGUGAACAGCCAGGAGGAGGAAGAAGAGGAGCUCUUGAGGAAAGCUAUUGCUGAAAGCCUGAAUAGUUGCCAGCCUUCUGAUGCCUCUGCUACCAGCUCUCGACCUCUUGCCAUUGGACCAUCUUCACAGUUCCACCAAGAGAAAACCACAGACUCUGGGACCACUGAAGGCAUAUGGCAGCUGGUACCUCCAUCACUGUUUAAAGGCUCACAUAUCAGUCAGGGAAACGAGGCUGAGGAAAGAGAGGAGCCAUGGGACCACACUGAAAACACUGAAGAGGAGCCGGUCUCUGGCAGCUCAGGAAGCUGGGACCAAUCAAGCCAGCCAGUCUUUGAGAACGAGAAUGUUACAUGUUUUGACAGAUGUACUGGCCACUUGGCUGAGCACACACAGUGUGGGAAGCUACAGGAAAGUACUGGGAGGGGCUGUGCCCAGGGUAGGGGGGACACAUCUAGGCACUGUCUGCCUACCCCAGCAGAUGACAGAGGUUUCCAGAGCAUUGGGGGCACUGUGCACUACUUCUGGGGUAUUCCAUUCUGCCCUGCUGGAGUAGACCCUAACCAGUAUACCAAGGUCAUUCUCUGCCAGUUAGAGGUUUAUCAAAAGAGUCUUAAAAUGGCUCAGAGGCAGCUCCUUAAAAAAAAAGGGUUUGGGGAACCAGUGUUACCUAGGCCACUUUCUCUGAUCCAAAAUGAAUGUGGCCAAGGAGAUCAGGCUAGUGAAAAAAAUGAAGGCAUCUCAGAAGAUAUGGGAGAUGAAGACAAAGAGGAGAGGCAGGAGUCUAGGGCAUCUGUCUGGCUCUCAGAACCCAAGGAUUUCCAAGAAAGCCCAAUUAAAAGCUUGAAAGAGAAACUUUUGUUGGAGGAAGAACCAACAACCAGUCAUGGUCAGUCUUCCCAAGGUCUAUUUGUUGAAGAAACUUCUGAAGAAGGAAACUCUGUACCUGCCUCACAGAGCAUUGCUGCUUUGACCAGUAAGAGAAGCUUAGUCCUUAUGCCAGAGAGUUCUGCAGAAGAAAUCACCGUUUGUCCUGAGACACAGCUAAGUUCCUCUGAAACGCCUGACUUUGAAAGAGAAGUUUCACCAUCUAGCAGAGAGACCCCAGAUGAAGUAAGAAUAAUAAUGGCAGAUCAGGAGGUUGGUAACAGGGAAGAUGCUGAGAAGGAAAUACCUACUUACACCUUCUCAUCCAGUACCCGUGUAUCCUGCCCAUUGUGUAACCAAGGCUUCCCACCCACAAAGAUUGAGAGACAUGCCAUGUACUGCAAUGGUCUGAUGGAGCAAGACACAGUAUUGACUCGGAGACAAAAAGAGGCCAAGAGCAAGAGCAAGAGUGACACUGGGACAGCUGCCCAGACGUCUCUAGACAUUGACAAGAGUGAGAAGUGUUAUCUCUGUAAAUCCUUCGUCCCAUUCAGAGAGUAUCAGUGUCAUGUAGACUCCUGUCUCCAGCUUGCCAAGGGUGACCAAGGAGAUGGACCUUCAGGGAGUGAUAGUGUAUGCCCAGUUGCGGAGGGGAAGCAGCAGCAACGGCUGAGGAGCACCAAGGAAAAAGGCCAGAAUGAAGGUCGACUCCUCAGUGUCUUGGAGCAGUCUGAGCAGCAGUCUGCAGAUGCCGAGAUAAAGACCACGUCUUCAGAAACAGGAGCCUUCAGGGUUUCCUCACUGGGGAUGGAAGAGGCAGGCUGCAGCAGAGAGAUGCAGAGUUCCCUUGCACAUCUCGACAUAAAUGAUUCUCCCAUCAAGUCUUUUGUUUCCAUUUCAGAAGCCACUGAUUGCUUAGUAGACUUCAAAAAGCAAUUUACUGUCCGGCCAGGUAGCCGGGCACGGACCAAAGCAGGCAGGGGAAGAAGGAGAAAAUCCUAAAUGUCUGGGGUCAGAGGGUUGACAGAACCAUGAGCAGUAGGAGUGGGCCAUGUUCAUUAAGCUACCAUGGCCUCCAGUUCAUUGUUGAGCAAGUUUGGGCCUUGCAGUUUUCACCACCAGCCCCCACCCACCAUCCUGGUUUUUAUGUUUUCUAUGAUCUAUACCGACACCUGUGUAUAGUAUUCUGUUUUAUAACAGUACGUUUGAAUUCACGUUUAGUUAAAAGAAAGUUUAAAUAUA